AUGUCGACCAUCGGCGGCUUCAAGCGCCGCGCCCCCAAGUCGCUCAAGACGCGCCACGCCCUGAAGAAAUACGAGCCGAAGGUGGUGGAGAACCCGAAGCGCGUUCUCUUCCUCCGGGGGGCGCGGACGAGUAGUGUCGUGAACGACGCGCUGAUUGACCUCGCCGCCAUCACGAAGCCGCACUGCAAGAAGCUGCGAAAGCGCAACGCCUUCCACCCAUUCGAGGGCCGCGAGCACCUUGAGUUCCUCGGCUUCAAGAACGACUGCUCGCUCUUCUGCUUCAGCAGCGACAGCAAGAAGCGGCCGCACAACCUCGUGCUCGGGCGGCACUUCGACUUUCACGUCCUCGACAUGGUGGAGCUCGGCAUCAUCGCGGCGGACCGUCUCGACGUGCGGGACGCGGCGGGCCUCGACGUCGCGUCGCUCGGCGGCCGCCCGUUCUUCGUCUUCGACGGCGGCGAGUUCGCCAACGACACGACGUUCGUGCGGCUGAAGAGCCUGCUGCUCGAC